AUGGUUCAAGCAGUACGACGUUCCAUUGUCAAAGAUAUUAAUGAAUCUGACGUGAAAUGGUUUGCUCUAAUGGAAGAUGGGACGAGAGAUAAAAAUAAGCGCGAAAAUAUUGCAUUAGCAAUACGUUACGUCAAGGAUGGUGUCGUCAAUGAUUCGUUGCUGAUGGUUAAGGCUACUGAAAACCUUGAUGCAGCCACUUUCACGGAAUUAACGUUAAAUACCCUUACGAAAAAUAACAUUGACCCCUCUUGUAUGCUUAGCCAAUGCUAUGAUGGCGCAAGUGUAAUGAGUGGGAAAGUCUCAGGAGUUGCGACUAGAAUAGAAAAUUAA